AUGACUCUGGAGUCCAUCAUGGCGUGCUGCCUGAGCGAGGAAGCCAAGGAAGCCCGGCGGAUCAACGACGAGAUCGAGCGGCAGCUGCGUCGGGACAAGCGGGACGCUCGCCGCGAGCUGAAGCUGCUGCUGCUGGGUACAGGAGAGAGUGGCAAAAGCACAUUUAUCAAGCAGAUGAGAAUCAUUCAUGGAUCAGGUUACUCUGAUGAAGACAAAAGGGGCUUUACAAAACUGGUGUACCAGAAUAUAUUUACAGCAAUGCAGGCCAUGAUCAAGGCCAUGGAUACUCUCAAAAUCCCAUACAAGUGUGAAAAUAACAAGGUUCAUGCACUGUUAGUUCGAGAAGUUGAUGUAGAGAAGGUGUCAAGUUUUGAGAACCCGUAUGUAGAUGCAAUAAGAAGCUUAUGGAAUGACCCUGGAAUUCAGGAGUGUUACGAUAGACGACGGGAAUAUCAAUUAUCAGAUUCAACUAAAUACUAUCUUAAUGACUUGGACCGCAUAGCAGAUUCUACCUAUCUGCCAACCCAACAGGAUGUGCUCAGAGUUCGAGUCCCAACAACAGGGAUCAUUGAAUAUCCAUUCGACUUACAAAGUGUCAUUUUCAGAAUGGUGGAUGUAGGAGGCCAACGAUCAGAAAGAAGAAAAUGGAUACAUUGCUUUGAAAAUGUCACAUCUAUCAUGUUCCUAGUAGCUCUUAGUGAAUAUGAUCAAGUGCUUGUGGAGUCAGAUAAUGAGAAUCGAAUGGAAGAAAGCAAAGCACUCUUUAGGACAAUUAUCACGUAUCCAUGGUUCCAGAACUCUUCAGUUAUUCUGUUCUUAAAUAAAAAAGAUCUACUAGAGGAAAAAAUUAUGUACUCCCAUCUAGUUGAUUAUUUUCCGGAGUAUGAUGGACCACAGCGGGAUGCACAGGCAGCACGAGAGUUCAUCCUGAAGAUGUUUGUAGACCUGAAUCCAGACAGUGACAAAAUUAUCUACUCUCACUUCACAUGUGCUACAGACACAGAGAACAUCCGCUUCGUCUUUGCUGCUGUCAAGGACACAAUCCUACAGUUAAACCUGAAGGAAUACAACCUGGUCUAACUGUACCUGGGGGGUCCUCCCAAACUAACUUUCCGUGAUUGAAGAUACACAAGAGGGACUGUAUUAUAAUCUGUGAAAACAAUUUGCAUAAUACUAAUUUAUUGCUGGCCUGGACUCUGUGAAUGUACACAGAGUUUGUAGUUAAUAUUAUGGUUUUAUUUAAAGUAUAUGGAGGAAAACCAAAAGAUGCUGAAGUACAUUCACAGCACAUUUCCUCAUUUUUUAGGCAAAACCUUGUGACUCAAUGUGUUUCAAAUUCUCAAUCGUAGAUUUACAAAGGAUAGCAGUUUUUUGCUAUUGAAGCAAAAUCAAGCUGGUUUCCUCUUUCCUUAAACCUUUCUCUCCCCCUCCUUUCCUACUUCCCUUAUCUUUUAGAAGGUACAAUCGCCUUUUUUUUCCACCAGUUGCAUUCCUGGGUGAAAUAUUUUCUGUUGAGUGAUUUGGUCAGGAAAAGACUAUCAUCACAGUUUAAUUCAUCAGUCAUUUUAAUUUUGCAGUAUGUACUUUCUUUGAAGGAUCAAAAAGUAUUGAUACUGUGAGUUUUAAAUUCUUUACAUGGGCGUCUUCAUUCUGUCUUCACUUCUGACACUAGAAUAUUGGGAUUGCAAAACAGAAUUACAGUUGUCUAAGGAUAAUAAAUUUUAGCAUAGUUUUGCAGUUAAGAAGGGUGCACAGAAGACAGUAAUGAAUUAAUUAAGAGAGAAUCUGGGAUGUACACGGAAUAUGUUAGAACCUCUUUUUAAUUGCCAUGUGCCAUUUUUUUCUCUCUUAUUUUAUUCACAAAUGCCAAAUAGAAAAGUCAUAGACACUACAUUUUCCCCAGUGACUACAGCCUGAAACAGUGUUUUUCUCAGUUGUGUGGGGUGUUUUUUUCUUAAGUUAGAGCUUUUUUAAGUGUUCUUUUUCCACAGUAGAAAAAUUAUUUUUAUUGUACAAAAUUCAUGUUGCCAGAUCUGGCUUUUUAUAAAACUAAUGCUGUUGAAACAUAAGAUACUGAUUGAAAUGCCAAAUGGAUGGGCUGGGGACUGAUCUGCUUGAAUCAACUGCCAAAUGAUUAACACACACUGUUUCAGCUCAUAUGUUCCCUUUUUUAGAAAGUGUACCAUUUUCUAAUGUCGAAACCAACAUGUAAGUGAAUAAGCUGUGAGGUGUACCAUGCACCCCCAUGUAGUCUAGUAAUUCAAAGACAGUUUAGAUCUCUCAUUUUGUCAGUUAUGACAUGAAUUUGUUUUCUGUAAUAAUGUCAAGGCACCUUCAGUUGUAUUGCAAGAAAUUAUUGAUGAGAGAUCAUGUUCAGGAACCUUUUUGGGUAAGGUUGAUUGUUAAUGGAUUCACAGGCAUUUGAUAGGCUUUCAUGCAAAGCAGCCUUUAUCAGUGUUCUUUAGAAGAGAUUUAUAAAUGCAAAUGAAGCAGUGAGAAAAUCAUUCUUGAAACAUAAAUGUGCAAUUUUUUAACAACAAAAGUGCAGCACACAUGAGCCUUUAUUCUGCAGCUUAGGUUGAAAGGUGAUUUUUGACCAGGUGCAUGAUUUCUAGCGAGAAAACUCUGGAGUUCAGACAUGUGAUUGGAUUGAUUAUCUCUAAUGCCAACUGGCACUAGAGUGCACUUAAAACAUCUGCCACAUAGCAGUGGAUGGGAGGUGGAAAAAAGAACGGCUUAUUAGUUGAUUACCAAAGUUAACAAUAAAUACUAAUGAGAUGUUUUUCAUCCUUAACCCACUCAAAUCCAAAAGAAUGAUAAUAAGAACAGUUGCUAUUUUUUGCUCCCUCUUAAAACACCUUGUAAUUUAAAACUGGUUGUAGGUAUAGUGCAAUUAUGAAUGCUAUAAUCAUUGUACAUACAUAUAUAUAUAUAUAUAUAUAUGGCAGCAUCCAUACUGGCUUUGUAAUCAUUAAUUUUUGGCAAAUUGAAUGUGCUGUAUUGAUAUGUAUCUAUGUAAUUGUAUUCUAUGUCUUAUAGCUAAUUCACAUUUUAAAUAAUGUUAUUUUAUUUACUUUUUUAAGAGAGAAGAAUGUAAAUUUUGUCAGUUUAUUUCUGACUAGGGAUUUGUUGUUGUUUUUAUUUACAAAAUGAAAUACUAUAGUACAGAGCGGUACUAGCAUCAUGCUGUAUAAAAUCAUUUGCACAUUCCUGAGUAGAAGUAAAUUGGAGACACCAAGACAGAGAUGAUUCACAUACAAAACAAUUCUUAAAUCUUGUCAGGGUUUUAUACAGCUGUAGAAAACAAUCCUAUUAGAAGAACUUAUGCCAUUAUAUCUUAUAUUGGAACAUAAGCUUUAAAUAGAAACUUAAUUUUUGUAUUUGACUGAUUCGCAUUACAUUAUUUUCACUUUUCUAAUAGCUUUAUUGGAAAAGUAAAUUCAGAGGCAUUUCAGCUAUCAAAGAGAUACUUCAUUGUACAUAAGUACUAAUGCACAUAUGCUGUUGCCCUUAAAAUACCAUGAUAAAAUGCAAAACAUCAGAUCAGUCUUUCAGAAACUGUGGAAACCUUAGGUAUAAAAACAACAACCAUAAAGUCACUAUUGUUAAAGAUUUUAAGGAGUUAACAUGUUUUAUUUAAUGAAACUAAAGCAGGUUGAUCUAGAUUAUGAAAAGUGACACUGACAUUCUGAAUAGGGGAUCAGAGCAGUGACUCUUUCUUACAUACAGCUUAACAAAAUUGGUCCUGAUCAUGCUAUAAAUGCAACAGAGCUUCUGUUUUCACAGUUCCACUGUUGAUAAUAUCCCUUUUAUUAACCUGGGAAUACAUAGCCCACAUCAGAUUCAGUGCUGUAAAUGGAACUGUAGCCAAAAAAUGAAGAAAAAAAAUUAAAAAAAAAAAAAGGAGGGAGGUGGGGAAGAAGAAGAAAAGGAAAGAAAAACAGAACCAAACAGAACGCCACACCAGGCAGUGGUGUCUAACAAAAGUUUGGGGUUUUUUAAUUUGUUGGUUUUCUUUUUUUCUUACAGGAUAUUGGGUGGGGGAGAAGGAAAUGUGGUUCCAAGUUUUGUAUAAAAACAAAACAAAAGUUUACUCAUGCUUUAUAGUUAUAUUGUGAUUGCAAAAGUUUUCAAGAGUGUGUGCCACUGGGCUAUUUUCUGGUAUUUUUUUUAGGUAAGUUGAACCUGUGGCAAUGUUUAGACCAUUUGAGCAUGUUCUGGGAGAAAAAUAUUUGGCAUGCCAAGGCAAGCUUUACAUGAGUCACCUAACACAGCAUUGCAGUAUGACAGUUUACAAAACAUUUUCUUUUUAAAUAACACAACUGUUCCCACUUGUAGUAUAUUUCGUUGUGGUGGUGGUGGUGUUGCUGUUGUUUUAAAUGGUGGUUUCUAUUAUGCCUUAUAGUGCUGAAGUCCAGAAGUUUGUGCCUCUAACAUGAAGCUGAAGGCAAAAACAUCAAGACAGAAACCCUUUUAACUUUGCCAAAAUUAUGCAUUUUCUUUGAAUGUUACAAAUGGGGGAGGACGGAAGGAAAAUGUCUUGGGAACCUGUGUGUUCUAGAUGUUCACUAGCACAAGAAAGCUGUAAUACGUGUUUUACAGAAACCUGGAACUUGCCUUUUUCACGAAUUAACUGGCACUGUCCUUACAGAUGUAGGGUGAUGCAGCUAUAAAGGCAGUUUACUUUUUUUUAAUUCAGUCUCUUUUGAUUGUCAAGGUGUAUGGACUGUACUUUCUAAUCAUACUGCCACAUGAUUGUGAAUUACUUUCUGAAGUUUGAAAAUGGAGAAGAGACUUUUAAUGCUGGAUAACAGUCAGAAUUGACUGCAUGAUUUGCAAAAACUCUGUAUGGGGGAAAAGGGCUGCAUAUCGACAUUGCUAAACUCCCAGCCUUGAGUUGUAAGGUGCAAAAGGCUUUCAGAUUACUCAACCUCAUGACCCGUUCCUUGUUAAAUAUUCUUCACAAAAGAAUGAAAUAUUAGGAGAAAACAAAGACAUGUUAACCCACAUGAAUAAAAUAAAAUUUAGACA